CCAAUAAAUCUGUGUGGACAAGCCAAAAAACAAACAAAACGUGUUUUUUUGGCUUGUUUAGGGAUAUGUUUUGAAAACAUAUCCGGAAGUAAUGGAAAGAGAAAAUGGAAACGUUAACCAGGGUUAAAUUGCCGGAAAAAAACACGAAAAAACACGGAGAGCUUUAACUCAAAAUUUCCUAAGUGCAUGAUCAAAUUUCUUCCUAGCUUAAGAAAAAGUAGUGUUCAGCAACACCCCAGUUUCGUCUGAUCUUCUGGACUUAUGUUUUUUUCUCAGGAAUUUUUAGAGCAUUGUUUGUUGUAAAUCAAAGCCAAAUUAUUUAAUUUUUAUUUAAACAUUAAAAUGGAUUUACUUGGAUCGAUUUUAAAUAAAAUGACUAAGCCUCCGACUGUAGGUGAACAGCAAAAGAAAGCUAUUCAAAAGCAACGAGAAGAUAUACUCAAAAGACAAGAACAAGAAAGGGUGCAGCUUAAAAAUUUUCAGAAAAAAAUAGAGGCUAAUAUAGACAGUUUUGCUAAAGAUAAUACUCUGGAGAAAUUAACUUUGCAGCCCAUGAACAAAAUGCAGCGCAGCAUAGUCCAUGAAAUUGCUGAGACUGCAGGCCUUUCUGCAUUUUCAUUUGGGGAAGAAGAUGUUGACAGACAUGUGGUUGUCUAUAAAAAAGAAUUUACUCCAGGCCCAGAUGAAUUAAAUGCUUACAGAAAGGGUAUACCAUGGAAUCCAGAUUCAGUCAAACAGAAUCCCGAACCUGAAGAUGAGGAGGACGAGCAACCAGCUUCAAAAAGUGACAGUACAGUAUCGUCAGCUCAAUAUGUUAACAAAUACGAUCGGUUAAUCGGUAAAGAAGCAGUAAAAGAUGCUGUUAAAGUUACUCAGGUAAAUCGAAAAUACGGUUUUGUUUCAUCCGAGAACAAAAAAGAUCAACGCUCCAUCGAGCAAACAUUGGCCGACAUUCGUGCCAAAAAAAGGCAGAAGACGGAGUAACUUCACCAAGAGGAUUUCUCCAACAUCCGCAUGUGAAUAUUAGUUUACCAUUCGAAUUAUGUAUUGUAUUGGACUGCAAUUCAAUUUGACUAACCACAAUCCUCUAAAAUGUACGCGCAAGUACAAUGUGUUCACGGUAAAGAAAAAAAGAAUCGAUAAAAAAGGAAUUUGCUCGAUAUAAAAAAUAUUCUAGAAUCAUUUUGUUUGGGGAUACAAAAUUUAAGUCUUACAAUUAAAAAUCAAAAUAACUUA